AGCAACGCCGUGUUUACGUUGGAUACCGAGAGAGCAGCUCGAUUAUUCGUGUGAGCAGAAUGGUGUAAAUAAUGAAUGAAUGAAUGAGUCAGUCAGUGUUUCAUUGAUGUAUGUGCUUGAAUGGAGCCUGUGCAGCACCAGCAGUGUUUAUGGGGCCUGAUAAAGGAGUGUGUACCUGCCUCUGAGCUUUCUGAGAUCAGAACUUUACUUGGAGAUCCACUCAUAGACAUGUACACAGAAAUAUACACUGAGGUGCAGAUGUGGGAGCAGAUCUGGUGUGAGAUACAUGAUGGGAAAGUCGAGGCCCCCCGCUGCUCCUUGGCUGACCCUCCAGCUGUGAAAGAGUUGCUGCGUGCUGAACUCCGGCUGCUGUUGCUCACCGUGAGAAACGAAGCAGCCACACUGGGCAGAGAUGGAGAUGAAGUCCUGUCCCACUAUAGUCCCAGAGUGGUCAAAUAUGCACUCGGUGCUGGUGGUAGAGACAACUGUACAACACCAACUAGCAGGCCGCAGUCCAGCCAAAGCAGGUCAAGCUCAAGACUCUCUCAGUCCAGCCUUGAGGAUGAAAUCGAAGCUCUGAGGCACAAACUGAAUGUCACCCACAUAGAAGAGGUUGUGAGUCAUCUCAAAUCAGUUCUUACAGACGAGUGUGAGGCUUUGAAACAGGAUGUUCUGUCCUUGCAGGAAAGUGUGGAGUCGGAAUAUCAGAGUCAGGGAGAGUCGGAGUUUACGGAGCCCACUCUAACAGAGCUGAAAGAGCAACGGAGACUGAUCAAGAAAGACAUAAAAGUGCAGAAUUUAAUGAGUGAAGCUGCAGUCAUAGACAAAGCAAAAUCCAGCGUUUCCCAAAUUUCCAGCAGAAAAACAAGGUUGACUUCACAAGGUUCGAUCACAGACCACUCAGCGAUGGAGACACCAUCAGUCUCACCAGUCUCACCUACACCAGGCUUUUCUAAUCCCAGUCCAAGUCCUCCUGUAGCACCACACAGUAACAGAGCUGGUCUCUCGGACAAACCCAGACACAGACUUCACGUCAAAAUUCCACAACCCACAGAACCAUCUUCAACUCCUCUGUAUCAGAACCUGGAUUUGAAUAGCUCUACCUCCAUACAUGGCAAUGUUGAGGGUGAACUAGUGUCACAAAGCACCUUCAUAUCUUCUGUAAAUGGACAAAAGCCUUUUGGCAACAGCAGAGACUCUAAAACGGAAAUUGCCAGAUUUAAAGCUGGGCAUACAGCUGGGCACGACACAGCCACACAGGCACCACUGAUUCCAGCUCCACCCUCAGGACAGAGAGCAGGCAGCCGGGGGCAGCGAGUGGGCAGACGGCUGGCACUCCAGCAAACAGAAAACUUGCUCAGUGCUACACGAACACUGAAUCUGGCAGCUGUGCAGAGUGUUGAAAAUUAGGUACACUACCGCAGGUGCUUUUGUGAGCGUAGCGUUGUUUAGUGGUAACACUAGUGGCGUUUUAGCUUUUCUUUGCGUUUUUCAUCAACACAAAGAUGCUUUUUGGUUUUUACAGUGGAUUCUAAAUUAUUUAAAUCUUUGAUUUUUUUUUUUUGCUUUAUUGUUGUGGAUUUUGUUUUAAAUUGAUAUAGUUGAAAUUUUACCUAUCAAUCUACACCUAAUCACACAUAAUGAUUAAUUAACAGAUUGCUUUGUUUUAACUAUAAUCUUUAUAUCAUUGUUGUUCCAGCCUAAGUCUAAGUGUACUCUGGAGGAGGUUUAAUUUCCUCCAGUCUUUCUUUUUUUCCCCACUAAGAAGCAACCCCAAAACAUGAUACUUCCAGUAUCAUGUUUACCAUGAGGAUGUUAUUAGUCAGGUUGUUCAGUGCCCGUUCUUCUGAAAGAAUUCAGUUUUCAUCUCAUCAGACCAGGGAAUCUUCCUCGUGUUUUUCCUCAUGUUUAUGACAUGCUGUCAUUUGCUUGUUACUUUGUCCUGAUAUAAGUUUAUCACAAUUUGAUCUCAGAGAUGACCUGCUGUUUGUCCUAAAAUACAAUGUAAAUUGUGGGCUCUUAUAGGCUGACACUAAUGUCCAAUCAGUUCAAAUUGUGACAGGUUUUAGACUCAUCUCAAAGAUUUUUAAAGCAAAAGUAAUGCCCCGAUCACAAUUAGGAGUGCCACGGCAGAGGGUCUGAACACUUUUGUAAAGAAAAGAGAUUUAGGUUACUAAUUUUUAAUUUAUUUUCACACCAUCAUUAUGGGUGAUUACUUGUAAGUUCAUGUGUAGAUCCAUUCAAAAUCAAAUCCACCACACAAUAAAGUGUGCAAAAAGUAAAUCUUUCUGCUUUUUGAGUCCACUUUAUCUAGUUAAAUUCACAGUGUACCUUCAUAAGCAUAUUUUCUUAUGUGUAUGACACAACAUUGCGAGAAACUAUACAGUCGGCAACAUUCAGGUGUAACUGCUGACUAACGGAAACUCAAAAGGGUUUAUGAAGCUCUUACAAAGCUACAUGUGAUUAAAAUCAACUGUGAACACAAACAAAA